CGUCAUCUCUCGCCUCUCGUUCCGUUUUCAUGUUUUUCCCUCUCGCUUUCAAUCGAAAUCGCGUCGCAAACAAAAUAACAUGCAACGAUGGGAGAAAACUCGAAAUUUGAUAAACCAUCGAUAUCCUGUUCGGGUUGUUUGAAUUCUGUUGACGAGCCCGAAUAUGUAUCCGCCUUAGGACAAGAAUGGCACACGGACUGUUUCCGAUGUUCAGCAUGUGAUGCCAAACUAUCAAGUUGGUACUUCGAAAAGGACAGCAUGCUAUUUUGUAAAGAUGAUUACUGGAUGAAAUUCGGUGAAUCAUGUCAACAAUGUGGUGAAGUCAUAACUGGGCCAGUAAUGGUAGCGGGUGAUCAUAAAUUCCAUCCCGAAUGUUUUUGUUGUGGUUCAUGUAAAGCAUUCAUCGGUGACGGGGAAUCAUAUGCAUUAGUUGAACGUUCGAAAUUGUAUUGUGGACAAUGUUAUCGUCGUCAGAUGAAUCCAUUGUCGAAAUCAUCGGCAAAUAGUAAUAAUAGUGCGUCAUCGAUCAAUAGUAAACCAUUGCAUUCUAUACGCUUGAUUGAGAUACCGUGGAAGAAGGGCUCGAAGAGUGGCUUGAGAUUGUCGCUUGAUGAGAAUCAAUAUGGUAUGCCGAUAACUGCAGAUUCAGGAUGUCGUGGUGUACGAAUUUCUGAGUCUAUUUGUAGAAUAUAUGGACGCUUGGGGAAAUACGUGUUCUCAUUCAUUUCCUCAGCCUUCGAUACUUGCUGUGGUUCUUAUAGAAUCGAUGUAAAUACAGAUCUUAUGACCCUUCAUAUUGGAGAUCGCAUCCUUGAAGUAAAUGGCAAUCCUAUAAAGGAUACAUCGCUCGAACAAAUUGAUAGUCUAAUACAAAAUAGCGAUAAAGUCCUUCAAUUGACUAUCGAACAUGAUCCGGAAGAUAUAAGUCGCAGUAGUAGUCAAGUGGACAUCACAGGACGAACAGGAUCUCCGCUCCAAUCAAUUGAUUUCAACAAGAAUGACGGGCGAGCAGCACACAAAGACUUUAGUGACACUGGAAGUGGCAAUAAACUCUCAAAACAGGAUAAAGAACGCUUAUACAAACGCAAGGAUGAAGGUUACAUUAGUGGAACAAAGACACGACAAUUACGUAAAUCGAAAAACCUCAAUAUGAAUUGUUCGAACGCUACGAAUAGUUUAAAAGAAAAGGAGAGAUGCUCGAGUAUGUCCAAAUUGUUGGAUGAAAACCAUCCACCGAAUGUUGAGUUGUAUGACUUGGCGCGAACAAAAUCGUUUCGGGUCGAACCAAAGCCACAACAAAUUUUUCGAGCUUCUGAUCUAGUUCAAGGCGAGCUGUUAGGGAAAGGAUUCUUCGGACAGGUUUAUAAAGUGACACACAAAGUAACCAAAGAAGUGAUGGUUUUGAAGGAAUUGUAUCGCGUGGAUGAGGAAGCACAGCGGAAUUUUCUAAAAGAGGUUGCUGUGUUAAGGUCUCUCUCGCAUCAUAACGUACUGCGCUUUAUCGGUGUUUUGUAUAAGGAUAAAAAGCUGCACUUAGUCACUGAGUUUAUCCCGGGCGGUUCGUUGAAGGAGUUAAUUCACGAUUCUGGCUUGCCACUGCCUUGGGAGCAAAGAGUCUCCUUUGCCAAGGAUAUUGCAUGCGGGAUGAGCUACUUGCAUUCUAUGAACAUCAUCCAUAGAGAUUUGAAUUCACUUAAUUGUUUAGUUCGCGAGGAUAAGACGGUGAUUGUAGCUGACUUCGGACUAGCUAGGAUAAUAACAACUCCCAUGUAUAGCACGAGCGAUAAGUGGUUGGGGAGCGGAACAGGUACAACAGGUCGCAAUAAGAGUCGUCAGAGGCGUCAACGUUAUACUGUCGUCGGGAAUCCAUACUGGAUGGCACCGGAAAUGAUGAAGGGUAACAAGUAUGAUGAGAAAGUUGACAUUUUCUCGUUCGGGAUAGUAUUGUGUGAAAUUAUUGGGCGUGUUCAAGCAGAUCCAGAUUAUUUGCCAAGGACGUCCGAUUUUGGACUGAAUCAGAAGGUGUUUAAGGAUAAGUUUUGCAUGCAGUGUCCGGAGGCUUUCUACAAGAUUGCGUUUUUGUGCUGUGAACUGAAUCCUGACAAGAGGCCACCAUUUGAAGUUCUGGAAGUUUGGCUGGAAAGUCUAGCAAUGCACAUCGCUGUUGGUCAUCCACUUCCUCCGGAUUUAGUGUUCGACAUUGAAAAUUACAAAGGAUCACCAAGUCGUGAGUCUAGUUUAAGUUCAACACCUGAUGGUUUUCUAACUCCCAAAUCGACUGGUGGCGCUGGCGACAAGAAAUGCCAAAGCCAGGAUAGUUUAAUUGAUUGUGAUGUUAAAAAGAAAGAUGCCAAGAAUGUAAAUGAACGUGAUACUAAUACUACUGAUAAGAAUAAUACAAAUACAAACACAACAUCUUCUAGUAAUACUAAAAUAGAUAAUUCUAAACCAACAGAUGGUAGCAAUAGUGUACAAAAUGAUCAUGAAAAAACUGAAAAGGAUAAAGUUCUCGAGCAGAAUCCAUUCAUUCGCGAAAUUCCGAAAUCUCCGCACCUAUCAAAAGACUUUUCACCGAACGGUGAUAGAAUUAGGGAUAGUAUUAGAGCUCGUAGACAAGCACGAAUGAUGCGCAAUCGCGAGAAUCAAAUAAGAUUAGGUUUAAGUCCCACUGAAUGUGGACAGGGAAGCUUAGGGCGACCCGCUUCGAAGUUCAUCGUGGGUUCAGAGACAUCGAGUUUUGAGAGGGAAGAUGAUGAGAUACAGUCGUGCGACGACAAAACCCAAACUCCGUCCGGACCGUCCAGUUUGGUGGAGGUUAAGCAAGAUGAUGUUACCGAACAAGUGUUACAGGCAGUUAAGGCAAGUUUGGAGAGUGAUAAAGAUCUUAUGGGUCGUGCCCAAGGAGGAAGGAAGAAGGGGACAAAGGAGCGUCCGUAUGGCGAGAAAGGUUUUUUGAUCAAUGUUCGAGAUGGUAAUUUGACGUUGAAUAAUGUGAAGGAUUUGGAGAAUUGUUCUGAUUUUGAUUCGAGUUGUGACAAUAGUUUGAAUUAUGCGGAAGCCAAUGCUGUAAAUACAGAGUUAGUCGCGAGUUCACCAAAACCGGCCGUUAGGUCGAAAGUUCGGGCGAAUGUUGGAUCUGAAGCAUCGAGAACUGAAGUUGAUGCUCCAAAGAAAACAGUAGCUAGUCGUAUGUCUUCUUUUGAUAGUGUAUCUUCCGAUCGUGAUUCCAAAAACAAAACUCCGACGAAUCGUCCGUUGAAAUCGCAAAUCACGACUAGUCGGAAAUCUUCUCAGGAAAGUGUCGCUUCCGAUGUUGGAAAAGUAACUCACGAACGUGAAGUACGCCGACCGCCAUUUGGUGGUGUGGUUAGUGCACGGAAGUCUUCAUUGGAAUCAUCUGAUCAAGUCGAUUCAGGGAUUAAGUUGCGAUCCAACGCAUCAAAAUCCUAUCGUCCUCCAAAGGAAUCUACAGCGAAACGGGCCCCUGUGACAAGUAGUCGAAAAUCAUCUCUGGACAGUGGGUCGGAUGAGUCCAUAAGAUCUCCUACAUCUCCAAUUGCUAGGGUGAACGAAGCAAUCAUAGAAAAGUCAUAUAAAACCGCCCUGGAUGACAUUCGCGCCAAGUUGAAUCUCUGCAAGUCAAAGUUUGAAAGUUUGGAUGCUGCUAGUAAACAAAAUAUAACAAAUUCUCAAAAUUCAAUGCGUAACUAUUUUAAUAUUAUGCCUCAGCAGGAAACAACGACGCAAGCACAGUCAAAAUCGCAACCGCAAUCACCGCCCAUAGUUAGUAUGUUCAGUCGGAAAUAUUCGCAGCCGUUCGAUGUGAAUCAGAACAGUGACGACAAUAGUACAAACCCGACAAAAGCCUAUCGUAUAAAUGAAACGCCCAUUUUUGAACGUCGCAAUACGAAAACUUUUUCAAUUUUCCGUCGAUCCGAUUCAGAUGAAAAUCUUGCUGUAAAUAGUUCCAAAGUUAUCGGAUCUAAUCUUGCCACAACUAGUAAAUAUAGUAAACAGCCGAAAGUGCACGAGCAUCAGCAAUCGCCGGCUGAGAAAACGUUUGGUUUUAAACAGAAAGUUUCUCCAACUUCGGAGCUUAAGGCAAGUCAGGGUUUUCAUUCGACAACGGUGGGCGGGGCAAUAGAGCCUGCUGCCGAUCGGAAAACGGCCAAGCCAUCGAACAUUUUCAAUCAAAACUUUUUCAAUUUAAAACGAACAACAAAUUUUCUGACGAAGAAGUCGUCAAAAGAUGUGCCUUCUAGCUCUUCAGCAACUAUUGGUGGUAGUACUACUCCAGUGAAUAGGUUCAGUUCCGGUAAUGCCGGCUCGGAGAAGUUCACUAAUCUGACCAACUGGGGGAGUAGUCAUGAUUCGCCUGUGCCAUAUAAACGACCCGAGUAUUUGCCGUCUGCAUCAACGAACGUAUCGAAGACUAGCAACCGAAUCAGUGUCCUUACGCCGGAGAGUAUUCAUCGCUUGAACGCAAAGCUUAGCGAACAGAAAUCAAUGGCGGCCGCCCGACAGACUGCGUCAGUUUCUGCAUCUUCGAACUCAUCAUCUUCCAACCCUCAUGCGACUCAUUAUCUUCGAAGCGGCAACGGGAGUGGUGGUGGCGGCAAUCAGAGCACUAGAAAUUUAAGCAAUAAUAAUAGUAUUUUAGGAAAUCAGCAACAUAACUCACCGAUAAACAAUCAAUUGCUCAACAAUUCGAUGACCAAUAAGAAUUAUCCAUUUAAUGCUCAAACGAAGCGCGGUAGCAGUAAUAUAACGACGGUUCAUCAGAACCUUGGAGGAAAGGGGAGUAGCAGCGGUGGUGGUGUGAGUGGAAUGUCUCGACGAUAUGAAUUAGGGUUAGGUAUGCGAGGUGGGGGUGGUGAUGGACCCGGUGGAGGUGGAGGUUCUCAGGGGACGUCGUCCACUUCGCAUAGUUCGGGAAGAGUGUUGGAAUCGACUGCGUUGUAGGCACGAUUCUGGGGUGAUGGGAUAGUUUGUAUGUUUAAGGGAUGAUUUAGGGACACUGGAAUCGAGCAUGCUUUUUGGAUUUCUCAGAUGUGGUUUAAUUUGGAAAGUAGGCCUAUUGGAAUUAUAAAGACUUGAAAAUUAUUUAGAGUUAUAGAAGCACGUUCGGUGCGAAGUCAGUAAUGUACCGUAGACGCUUGAAUACUUUUUAACAACUGAAGAGCCUCUCAUUCGCUUGGAGGCUUAAAUUAAAAGCACUUUUGAAAACAGAAGACUCCGCACAUUGAAUUGGGGUCAACACCGGCACAAAUUGACUUCGCAUUGGACGUAUUAGGCUACCAAGUAUCUUCUUGGAUUGUGGUUCGAAAUUUUCUAUCUUGCUUUAGUAGAAAGAUGCACCAUUUUCCUGGCCAAUCAGAAAUGCAUUGUUCAAGAGAAUGUUAUGGUUUUCUACAAAGCCAGAUUGAACUGUUGCCAUUCCUUAAUUGUAUACAAACUCAUAGAUUAGAUUGCAUUCCCUUUGAACAGAAAACGAAUGGAUAAAAUCAAUACGAAUAUUGACCAGUGAUGAUAGUUUUACUGUUCCAAGUCCCAGUUAUGGUACAGAAGAUGAAAUAAAAAUAGUCUGACAUGCAAAUAUUAUGAACUGCAAAUGAAACUAACACUUAAAUCAAAUUGAAUGAAAUUCUCUAAAAAAAGUAUUUAAAACGCGAUUAUUAAGUGUAGGACACACUAAUCGACAUGUGUUAUGUAUAUUGUUGUACAUAAGAUAGGUUUCGCCAUAAAUAUAUACGUCUAUGAUUUUUAAAUAUAUUUAAGUUAAUCUAGAUUCAUUUUUAAUUAAAAUAAUUUCUCCCGCUACUAACAUGCAAGAAUCAUUUAUGAUUGAUUAGAAGCCAGGAAGAGAUAAGAACUAUUAAGUAAAACAGAAUUAUUUGUAACGAUAAAAGACAGGCUAAUUACCGAGAAUGAGAUAGAAAACUUAUUUUUCUUAUCAUUUCUAAUUUAUUAAAGUUUGAAUGACCCAAUUUUAGUGUUUUGUUACAUUUUUUUUUGUUGCGAACUUCCCUAUUUUAGCAUGGCUGAUAUAAAAUCUUUGAGUUUUGCUUUAUAAAAAAUUUUGAUUUUGAUUACUUGAGUUGAUUUUUUAGUCAUGAAUCUAUCGCAGAACCGAUCUCUCUCAUGAGUUCUGUUCUUGUAUUAUAGUUGCGAUUUUGAAAAAAAAAGACACACGAAAAUCCAGAUACGAUAAACAACGACUAACACGAACAAAUUGUAUGAUUUUGAUGAAAUAAAUUUUUUAUUUGUGA